AUGCAUUUCCAUGGCCCUCUUCACCUGAAACAGUUCGCUUUCUACCUCCCCGGCGCCGGCGGCUCCUACGAGCGAAAAGGCUACUACCACGCCGCCUCCCAAACAUCCGAGUACCUCACUUUCAUGGGUAAUUUUGGCGGCCAAGGUUCCGGCGUCUUCAGUGAAGCGUGGGGUGCCUCUCUCUCCUUCGCAAACGCCCACGGCGACGGCGGUGCCUCGAGUCCUACCAUCCUCGCCGACGCUCCUGUCUCUGGUCAAGCUGACUUCUCCAUCUUCUCCUCCGAUUCUUGUGCUGACGGCUCCUGCGGCUACAUCCAACCCGGCGCCACAGCGCGCAAAGGGUUCUCUGGUACUUCGCGCAUCUUCCUCUUCGAGUUCUCGAUGCCUCACGACGCUGCGAACCCCGGCUUCGACAAGCCAGCCAUCUGGCUUCUGAACGCCCGGAUCCCGUACACACAACAGUACGGCACCUGCUCGUGCUGGGACUUUGGCUGUGGAGAGUUCGACAUUUUCGAAGUGCUGAAUAACGCGGACACCAAGGCCUUGAGCACGUUCCACUUGAAUCCGUUUGGGGCAGGUGAUCCCAAUUGGUUCAAGAGGCCGGUAGACGGGCCGAUCAAGGUCUUGCUGUACAUGGAUCCGAGCGAGGGCGGAAAGGUCAGCGUGAAGAUGUUGGGGGGCAGUGAUGGAAGUAGGUUCGGAAAUACCCUGUCAAAGGGAGAGGUGGAUGGGUUGAAGGCGAGGAGUGGUGGGUUGGUCAGCGAUUUCGCUAUUCGCCGUCCUUAG